AUCAUCCCAGAGCAACUUUAAAAGAUCAAGCUGGCUCGUCUGAAGGAAGCAUUAUUUCACACAGAGACCCUUUUUGAUUUAUAUUACAACUAUUUGAAAGGGAGCGAAGAGAAGGAUAUUGGUGCACGCAUUAUCUUUUGGUGGAUAUAUACAUUUUGUCAUGCACAGAUAUAAAGCUACAGCCACCAUUGAAUGUGUCAUUGGAUCCAGAAGGGGAACUGAGAGAAAGUAACAAGUAGAGCGUUUUUAAGACACGUCUGUCAUACUGUUACAUAAAAAAUUAGCUCCUACAUAAGUGGUACAGAAUGUAGACAGCUGAUUGAAGAGUUUAAGGUUUAUAUCACAUCUGACAUUGAGAGCUUUCUACUGCAAGAAGAAUGAAAAAGAUGAGCAGAGACGUGCAGCCGGUCUUUCUAGUUGGUGCAGGGAUGCCCUCUGUCUCUUUUAUUACAGUUUUUUUGUUAGGAUUAUUUAUAACUCUCAUCGCUGGAGAAACACAAGUGCAGUUUGCUGGCCAAACUGAUUUUUUUGUAAAUGAAACAAGUACAACCGUUAUACGGUUAAUUAUUGAAAGAACUGGAGUGCCUGUUAAUGUGACUGCAAUCGUUCAGCUGCAAGGAGAAAACACUGGGGAUUUUGUGGAAACUGUUACUGCAGCUUUUAUACCAGACAGAGAAACAAAUCGGACUGUUUAUAUAUCUGUGUGCGAUGAUGACUUGCCAGAGGCUGAUGAGACUUUUCAUUUUAGACUAACCCUACAGAAUCCACCAUUAAACACUAAGCUUGGCUCCCCAAAUGUUGCCACAGUCACUAUAUUAUCAAAUGACAAUGCCUUUGGAAUCAUAUCGUUGAAUAUGCCUGCCUUCAUCACAGUGAUUGAGCCACAGGGCAGAAACCAAUCCUUGCCUCUCGUGCUAAUCAGGGAAAAAGGAACGUAUGGAACCGUGACUGUGACUUUUGAGGUAGAAGGAGGUCCGAAUCCAGCAGAUGAAGAUCUGACACCAACUACGGGAAAUAUCACAUUUUCAACUGGCAGAUCUGUACUGAUUUAUAAUUUAACAAUAUUAGAUGAUCAGGUACCCGAAAAUGAUGAACAUUUUACUUUGAAGCUCACAAAUGUAUUUGGAGGUGCAGAGAUCAACACAACAAGGAGUGCUAUUCAGAUAAACAUUGAGAAAAAUGAUAGCCCUGUACGAUUUAGGCAGAGUUCAUUCAUGGUGCCAGAGGAAGCGGAUGUAAUAACUGUUCCAGUGAUUCGUGGAAAGAAUUUGUACGACAUAGCUGUUGGAUCUGAUGGCUCAGAAGUUUCAGUCAAAUACAAAAUUGUUACUGGGAACCUCAGUGGUAGUGCACAACUUAAUAUUGAUUUCUUAGAUCUUCAGCCAAAUAAUUCUAUUGUGUUUCCUCCUAAAAUAUAUGAAGUUGGUUUAAAGUUUCAGAUCAUUGAUGAUACCAUUCCAGAAAUUGCUGAGUCCUUCAUGCUGAUUUUGGUAGAAGAAACACUACAAGGUGAUGCUGUUUUGCAAACUCCCAAUGUUGUCCAUAUCACCAUUGAACCUAAUGAUAAACCCUAUGGUGUUUUAUCAAUUAAUAGUACGCUUUUUGAGAAAACCGUUAUCAUUGAUGAGGAUCAAAUGUCAAAGUUUGAAGGGAUCACUAUAGUAAGAAAUGGGGGGACCCACAGUAAUGUUUCAGUUCAGUGGAAUAUAAAGCGCAACAACACUGACCCGUCACCUGUGACUGCUGACAUUGUUCCAGACUCAGGAGUGCUACAAUUUGCUGAGGGGCAAAUGUCAGCAAGAAUUCCUCUCCAGAUCAUAAGUGAUGACAUUCCUGAAGAAGCUGAGAUGUAUCGUAUACAAAUAUUAGCAAAUACUGUUAAAGGUGGUGCAGAAGUGGGCUUACCAACUGAGCUUGUUUUCUAUAUUCAGGACAGUGAUGAUGUGUAUGGUUUAUUUCAAUUACAUGAUAUUAAAGACCAGAAAAUUGAAAGCAGCCCUGAAGGACGAUUUUUGACUUUGAGAUUUGAAAGGAGACGUGGAACUAAAGGAGUUGUGAAACUAUUCUAUAGUGCAUUGUAUAUACCCGCCGGACCUAUAGAUCCUGUGAGAGCUAAGGAAGGUGUCCUCAAUGUUUCAUCAAGAAAUAAUAUUGCUUUUCCAGAAGGAGAAUCACUUAUUAUAGAAAAAUUACCUAUACGAAAUGAUGCAUUUCUUCAAAAUGGAGCUAAUUUUCUUGUACAGCUGGAAUUUGCCGAGCUUCUGAGCCCAACUCCUUUAGUGCCACCAAUAAGCCCUAGACUGGGUAGUAUUCAAAAUAUUUCUCUUAGUGUUACACCUGACAUUGCAAAUGGUGAAAUUGGUUUUACAAGCAAUAUGCCUAUCAUUGUAUCUGAGCCAGAAAACGUCCCAUCUGACAUGGUCUCAAUCGCACUACAUCGUGAUGGAACUGGAGGAGAGGCAGUUGUCUUUUGGAGUUUACAGCCUAUUGGCCUUAAUGCAAAGUCCAUCACAUUGAGUGAUCUAAGUCCAUUCAAUGGUUCAGUGACAUUUUUACCUGGACAGAGUGACACUGCAAUAAAUAUAACUAUUAAAGCAGAUGAUAUUCCUGAGGUUAAUGAGACUGUGAUAAUAUCACUGGACAGGGUAGAAACAGAGAGGUUUGUGGUAUAUUUUAGGGUCAAUGUGGAAAAUCAAAUUCUGAAAUCUGGAUUUACCAGCUGUGAACUGACUAUUUUGGAAAAUGAUGAUCCAGGUGGAGUGUUUGAGUUUACCCCCUCUUCCAGGGGGCCUUACCGUGUAAAAGAAGGGGAUUCUGUUGAGCUAAGAAUUGUUCGAUCCAAAGGUUUACUAGUUAAGCAAUUUCUGCGCUAUAUUGUGGAGCCAAAAGACAGUAAUGAAUUCUAUGGGAAUACUGGAAUCCUGGAGUUUAAAACUGGCGAAAAAGAGAUUGUCAUUACAUUGCUAACAAGGAUGGAUGAAAUUCCAGAGCUGGAUGAGAUGUAUUCAGUGGUGUUGAGCAGCCAUGGGGAAUAUCCAAGCACAUUAGGAGAAGCCUCAAGAGUUAACAUUACUAUUGAAAAAAAUGAUGAUCCCCAUGGAGUAUUGGAAUUCAUCAAUGAUCGUAUGGUUAUCAGCAUUAAUGAAAGUAAAGGCAAUGAAAUAUAUACUGCUGAAUUUGAAGUAAUACGGAACCAAGGAAUGUUUGGGAACAUCAGUGUGACUUGGAUUAUCAACCCAGAUUCAACUGGCGAUGUUUAUCCUACACACGGAGUACUUCACUUUGAAGAUAAAGAGUUUUCUAAGAAUAUAACUGUUUCAUCUCUCUCAGAUGAGGUUCCAGAAGAGAAAGAAACCUUCAUCCUAAGACUUUUAAAUGCCAACGGUGAGGCUAGGAUUGGAAGUGUAUCUACUGCCAUGUUGGAGAUAAACAAAAAUGAUGAUGCAGUCUUCUUUGCAGAGCCCAUUUUGGUGUGGGUUGAAGAAGGUCAGGAUGCAAACUUCACAAUUGUACGGAAUGGAUCAGCUGAUUAUUUGUCAUCUGUUAUGUAUUCGUUGGUCAAUGGAGUUGCCAUUACUGAAGAAGGUGACUUUAAUGAUAUCUCCCAAGGAAAUAUGCUUGUGUUUGACAUUGGACAAACAUUACAAAAUAUAACCAUUUAUACCAUUGAUGAUGACAUUCCAGAAACAGAUGAACCAUUUUAUAUUAUACUACUAAAUACCACAGGUGACACAGUGGUGAGUGGAAAUGGUAAAGCAACAGUUAUAAUACGAGCUAAUGACGAUCCCAAUGGAAUAUUUUUCCUUGAACCUGUUGACAAAAUGGUUGAAGAAGGAAAAACUAACAAUUUCAAAAUUGUGAGGAGCAGAGGGCAUUUUGGCAAUGUGCUUUUACAUUGGCAGCUCUUAGAGAACGAUUACACCGUCCUGGUGCCUGGACAAGAAUUUUACGAAACAUCCGGCACAGUUUGGUUUGGGGAUAAGGAGGAGUUUCAAUAUAUAACACUGCAUGCUGUUCCUGAUAACAUUCCUGAGUUUAAUGAGUUUUACAUUUUACAAUUGGUGAAUAUUUCAGGGGGGACUCCGGGUCCUGGUGGGAAAAUGGCUGAAAAGAACAUUAAUGUCACAGUUAUGAUACCUUUUAAUGAUGACCCUUUUGGAGUAUUUGUCAUAAGCCAUGAGAGUCAGGAUAGGGAAGUAGCAGAAGAUGUGUUAUCUGAGGAUGACAUGCGUUACAUUACAAAUUUCUCUAUUUGGAGACAUCAGGGCACAUACGGAAAUGUUCGUGUUGGAUGGGAAAUAUAUUCCAGCUUUUUCAAACAUGGCCUCCCUCCCAUGGAAGACAUCCUUCUCCUUGCUUCAUUCUCCUCUUCUGUAGAGUUGCAGCCCCACAUGAGACGGCAUCACAGUGGAACAGACGCACUAUAUUUCAGUGGAGCUGAGGAUGCAUUUGGAAUUAUAGAGGGGCAACAAUAUUAUAACAUUUUAAAUAAUUCUCUGGCAAACUUUACCUUUUCUGCUUGGAUUAUUCCUAAUGUGAACACUAAUGGAUUUAUAAUUUCGAAGGACAAUGACAAUGGAACUAUAUAUUUUGGGGUGAAAGUUGAAACAAAUGAUUCGUAUAUUGUGUUAAUGCUGUUUUACAUGACAGUUGGAUCUAAUAGCACAUAUUCUGCAACUGCUGGAGUACCAAAAUUCAUUGCACAGAAUUCCUGGAUACACAUUUUGAUUACUUUAGAUGACGGCAUUCUUGAAUUUUAUAUUGAUGAAAAUCUAGUACCUGGAGGAGUCAAGAGUUUAAAGGGAGAAGCCAUUGCUAAUGGUGCUGGGACCUUUAGAGUUGGUGCAGGAAUAAAAGGAGAGAACAGAUACACAGGACUAAUGCAGGAUGUGAGAAUUUAUCAGCAGAAGUUGUCUCAAGCAGAGAUGACAGAACUUCAUGGCACUCCAGCAAAGAAUGACUUACACCCUAUCUCUGGAUAUUUGGAAUACAGGCAAGGAGAGACACACAAGUCAUUUAUUGUAUCUACAAGAGAUGACAGUGAAGAGGAGGGAGAAGAAAACUUUAUACUAAAGCUGGUAUCUGUUCAUGGUGGUGCUCGAAUUCCUGAAGAGAAUACAACAGCAUUGAUCCAAAUUCAGAAAAGUGACAAUGCUAAUGGUUUGUUUGGAUUCACAGGACCUUGCAUUCCUGAGUCUGCAGAGGAAGGUACUACCAUAUCAUGUGUUAUAGAACGUAGAAGAGGAGCCUUGGACACUGUGCAUCUUUUUUACACUAUCACUCAAAUGGAUGCUGUCAGUGGGAAUGAUUCAGCAGCUGAUUUUACUAGUAUCAGUGGAAAUAGCACAUUUCUUCCUUUUCAGAGAUCCAAGGUCUUAAAUCUGAAUGUUGUUGAUGAUGAGAUCCCUGAGCUUGCAGAACACUUCCGUGUUACUUUGGUAUCUGUUGUAUCUGAAGACGGAAAGAUUGGAUCUACUCCAACCAGCGGAGCAAGCAUAGACCCAGAAAAAAAAGAUGAAGUUAUUACUAUCAAUGCUAGUGACCACCCUUAUGGAUUAUUGCAGUUUUCUGUGACUCCACCAAAACCUGGGGAUAAAAUUGUUCCUGCUGAGUCUAUUCCAACUAUAACAGUAAAAGAAGAAAUAGGAUCGGUAAAACUUAUAGUGGUCCGUGCUCAAGGACUUCUUGGGCAUGUUGCAGUUGAGUACAGGACUGAAGGAAUAACAGCAUUCAGUCCUCAGGAUUAUGAGGAAUCCUCAGGCGUUCUAGAAUUUUCACCAGGAGAACGACACAAAUAUAUUUCUGUUAACAUAACUGAUAACUCUUUGCCUGAACUGGCCAAAUCUUUUAAAGUUGAGCUGCUAAACUCAAAUGCUGGAGCCAGCCUGGGUACAGCAUCACACAUUAUUGUGAUUAUUGAGGAUUCUGAUGAUGCUCACGGCAUGUUCGAGUUCAGACAUGAAUCUUUGUCGAUGAAUGCCACAGAACCAGAAUAUGGCUACACUUCUGUUAAUUUUCAGGUAUUUCGUGGUCAUGGUACUUUAUCAAAGGUGAUCUUAUUUUGGACUAUAGAAUUGGCUUCAUCAGAUGACUUGGCCUUCAGUUCUGGGAAUGUAACCUUUGAAAUUGGACAACGCAUUGCAAACUUAACUGUUCAGGUCUCACCAGAUGAUGUUCCAGAAUUGGAUGAAAUGUUUAGGGUGUUAAUCACUAAUGUUUCAAGUGGACGCCUUGGGAUUUACACAGAGGCCAAUCUAACUAUCUUUGCUAACGAUGAUCCUUACGGACUUUUUAUAUUCUCUGAAAAAAAUAGGCCAAUCAAGGUUGAAGAAAAAAACAUUAAUAUUACUUUAACGAUUAAAAGAUUGAAAGGGCUUAUGGGCAAUGUAAUUGUUGCCUACAAAACUCUUGCAGACUCAGAUAAACUUUUUCUCCCCCCAUCUAACAUAGCAAGGGCAACGGAAGGAAAAGAUUACUUGUCUGUUUCUGGAAAUGUUCAUUUUAAAGCAAACAUGAGUGAAGUCAACAUUUUUCUUCCGAUUUUGGAUGAUGAUGAUCCAGAAAGAGCAGAAUCAUUAUUUGUUGCAUUAACCAAUGUCACAUUAGAGGACAAGGAGCAACAUCAGCUGGUUUUAGAUUCUCCACAGCUUGGAUCUAAAAUUGAAACAGUUGCGCAUGUAAUUAUUAACGCCAGUGAUGAUGCUUUUGGUGUACUACAAUUGUCAACUACAGUCGUGCGGGUUGCGGAAAAUUACGUUGGGCCGAUUAUUAAUGUAACCAGAACGGGGGGGAUGUUCGCAGACGUUUCCGUGAAAUUCAAAGCAGUGCCAAUUACAGCGACAGCUGGUGAAGAUUACAGCAUAGCUUCAUCAGAUGUUGUGUUACUAGAAGGGGAAACAAGCAAAGCUGUGCCAAUUUAUAUAAUUAAUGACAUUAAUCCUGAAGUGGAAGAAUCCUUCCAUGUAUUGCUCAUUAAUUAUACUACAGGAGGAGCUCAAAUAGGGGAGAUAACUGAGGCCAUUAUUAUCAUUGAAGCAUCUGAUGACCCAUAUGGAUUAUUUGUUUUUCAGGUAACGUCACUCACAGUUGAUGAGCCUGACUUCAAUUCAGUAAAGAUAAAUCUGCCAAUAAUUCGGAAUUCUGGGACCCUUGGUAAAGUUGUUGUCCAAUGGGUUGCCACAGUAAAUGGACAGCUUGCAAUUCAUGACCUGAAAAGUCAUCUGGGUAAUGUGACAUUUACCCCAGGAGAAACCAGUCACACUUUGCUUAUAGAAAUUUUGGCUGAUGAUAUUCCUGAGAUUGAUGAGGUCAUAGAAGUGCGCCUUACGGAAGCCUCAAAUGGGGGAACAAUUGGAUUUGAUGGAGUUGCUAAAAUCCUUAUACCAGCUAAUGAUAAUCCCUAUGGAACAAUAAGUUUUCAUCUGUCUUUGUACAGAGUGCAAGAACCACUAGAAGCACGUUCCUAUGCAAAUAUAACCAUCAGGAGAAGUGCAGGAAGGUUUGGAUACUUGCAAAUACUAUAUAGUACUACAGAGAUUGAUGUAGUAGGCCUUGCCAUUGAACAAGGACAUGAUAUAUUAUCUUACUAUGAAAUUCCAUUACCUGGGAUAUCUAUGGAAUCAGCCAAUACCAGGGUCAAUGUUUCUCAGUCGGGAAACCCGCUACAUUCUUGUGCCAUUACAUGUCUGAAAAACCAAGUAUGCACAGCAUUUUCUUUUAAUGGUGCCUCUGAUAUACCGCAGUGCUUUUGGUUUACAAAAUUGUCUAAUCAGCUUCACAACUACACAGGAUUCUGGACAUAUAGGAAAAAUAGCACUGGUGUUUCUGCUCUGUUUAGCACACAAGCAACAGCUGGAAGUGAUUAUGAAACCGUUACAGGCAAGUGGAUCACAAUGAUGGAAGAAGAAGAGUUUGCAAAUCUUUCUGUAUCUAUACUUACUGACACUUUCCCAGAACUGGAUGAGGAAUUUAUUGUUUCACUUCUUGAAGUCAAACUGUUAAAUAUUUCAACCAGCAUUAAGAACCAGCCAACUAUAGGUCAUCCAAAUACAUCUGUAGUUGCAAUAAUGAUGAAUGGGGAUGCAUUUGGUGUGUUUGUGAUUUACAAUCUGAAUCCCAAUACAACAGAAGAAGGUCACCAUGUGGAAGUGGAAGAACAGCACCAAACUACAGUACAACUUGUGAUAGAACGGCGAGAGGGCAGUCUGGGACAGGUCACAGUAGAAUGGGGCGUAAUUGGAGGAACAGCUGUUAAAAAUAUGGAUUUCAUAACUACUGAUGAAGUUCUAAUAUUUGCUGAAGGUGAAACAAGAAAACUGGUAACAAUAACCAUUCUGGAUGAUUCUGAACCAGAGGAUCAAGAAACCAUCAUAAUUCAACUCAUACAAACAGAUGGAGGGAGCCGUAUACUUCCUAGUUUCAACACUGUUAAUAUAGUCAUUUUGGCCAAUGAUAAUGUUGCUGGAGUAAUUAGUUUUCAGACAUCCUCAAGAUCAGUGAUUGGCCGAGAAGGAGAAAAGCUGAAGUUUGAUGUUUUACGAACACCCCCAGGAAGAGGAAAUGUAACUGUUUUUUGGAAAGUUAUUGGAUAUCACUUGGAGCUAAACUUUGAAAACAGUACUGGAAUUUUAUUUUUUCCAGAGGAAUUAUUGAAUACAAGUUUCAUUGUUCAUCUGUUAGACGAUCAUAUACCUGAAGAAAAAGAAGAAUAUCGUCUUGUUCUAUAUAAUCUCUCAACCCAGGGUGUUUCAGGUGCAGGAGCAGCGGUUCUUGAUAAACAAGGAUAUGAGGCUGUUCUGACUGUGGAGGCCAGUGAUGAACCACACGGAGUCAUAAACUUUGCUCCUUCUUCGAGAAUUGUUGUUACACAAGAAGCAAAUAAAACCAUUCAUCUCUAUGUCAACAGAGAAUAUGGAUCAUUAGGUAAUAUUAACAUCACUUAUGAGACAACUCCUGGUUUUAUGCCUAAUCUGAAUCAGAGCGGACCAAGAAAUAUUGCUCAACCAGGACUUGAUUACAUAGCUGCAUUUGGAUCAUUGAUAUUACAGGAUGGAGAAACAACUGCAACCAUCAAUAUAACUAUUUUGGAGGAUGAGAUACCAGAACUUCAAGAGUACUUCACUGUCACCCUGAUUUCCGUUGAACUUAUUGUGAAAUUGGUGACCUCAUCUCCUCCUAAACUGGACAUUGAAGGCUUGAGUGCCCAGAUCAUUAUUGAUACUAAUGAUGGAGUACAAGGGAUUAUUGAAUGGCAAAGUACAAGUUAUGAAAUUAAUGAAACCCAAGGAGUAUUGACUCUAGUUGUAUUCCGUAAUGUGGGAACACAUGGAAAUGUAUCAGUUUUUUUCUAUGCACAGAAUUUAGGUGCUGUACUUGGAAUGGAUUAUAAUGUUUCCUCAAUGAUUCUAAACUUUGCUGAUGGAGAAAAAUAUAAAUAUAUUGACAUAGCCAUUUAUGAUGAUGACAUUCCUGAAGGUGACGAGAUGUUUCAGCUAAUACUUGCAAAUCCCUCCCAUGGUUUAGAGCUAGGAACCAAUACAACAGCGGCCAUCACUAUCCUUGCCAAUGAUGACGGUCAUGGAAUUCUGUCUUUUAAUAACAGUGAACAUUUCUUUCUGAGGGAGCCAACGGCUCAGUAUAUGACAGAAAGUGUUGCUGUUUUGUAUGUUUUCCGUGAUCCACCUCAAGGAAUAUUUGGGACUGUGACUGUUCAGUACCUCAUCACAGGAGAAAAUUAUUCUGAUGCAUAUGGUGACCUAAAUCCCGUACAAGGGUAUAUUAUACUGGAAGAAGGAGUGAGGUUCAAGACUCUAGAAAUUACUGCUUUACUAGAUGAAGAACCUGAGAUGGAUGAACAUUUUGUUGUCACACUCUCUAACCCUACAGGAGGGGCAAGAUUAGGCACUAGAUUACACACAAAUAUAACUGUGUUGCAGAAUCAAGCACCACAAGGGCUUUUCAGUAUUUUCCCAACAAGUAACAGGACAAGCGUCUUGACCAUUGAAGAAGGCAAUUUGACCGUUUAUCUUAAAGUAUCCCGCAGCAAUGGCCUAAAUAUGUCUGUGAGCGUAGAAUGGGAGACUAUGUCCGGAACUGCCUUAGGAAUAAAGGGUCCAUAUGAUGUACUUUCAGUACUGCAAAACUUUCAAAGUGAUUCAGCUUCUAGAUGGCGCUUCUUCAGUUAUGCUGAUACAACAUUUGCUAUUUUAUUGAGAUCAUUACCAGUAAAUCAGGCAAUUUCCACAAUUUAUGAAUGGCGUGGGAUAUUUAUACCAAUACAGGACUUUACAAUUGAACAACCCACCAGUUGUAUGUCAUUUGCUGCAAAUGGAUCUCAGUUUGUAAUCAUCACUGGGGGUGAUCAGUCUUCAAAUAACAUUGUGUAUACUUUCACACUUCAGCAGGGAUUAUCACAGACACAGACUCUAACAGUUCCAGAAACCAGCAAUGUUGAACAUUUUUCUUCUGAAAGUCAAGAUUAUCUCAUCAUCACAAGUCAUACGGACAGCCCAGAAUCUUCUCAGAUAUUUGUGUUGAAAAAUUGUAUUUUUAUACCACAUCAAAAGCUCCCAAUCAGUGGAAUUUCAGGAUUGACAGUUUUUACAAGAGGAGAAAUUGCCUACAUGGCUGUGUCAUUUAAAAGCUCUGCAGAAAACGCUUUGGUUUACACAUGGGCCGGUAAUCAGUUUGGAAACCCACAAGACAUUCCAAUCAAAGGAGCAACACAAGUGGAAUCCUCGAUUUCUGGAGCAGAUGUCUACAUCAUGUUUUCAGAAGUGAUAUACUCUUCUAUUACAAUUUUCCUGUGGGAGUCUGGGCGGACCUUCUUCCGAAUGUUUCAGUCCAUUCCUAUCGGAAAUGGUAACAUGAUCCACUCUUUUACGCCACCAUCCGGCUUAGUUCACAUUUUACAUGCUGGAGAGAAUAUAUCCACACUGUACUCUUUAAAUUCUGAAAUGAAUCGGUUUGCACCUGUUCUCUUGGCCUCUGCCUCUAAACAGUUGAUAUCUACAACAGUAAAAUCACUCAAUUUGACCAAAACUGUUAUUGCUCAGGUGGGAGAUUUCAACUCACAGAUCUUUGAGCUGACUUCUGUCUCCAAUCAGUCUGACUUUAUACCCAGUUCAGGUGAGCUGAAAUUUGAGCCGGGCCAAAGUGAAGGUAUUUUUGCUGUCAAUAUACUUGAUGAUUUAAUUCCAGAAGAAGAUGAAUCUUUCCGAAUAAAACUAAAAAAUCCAAAAGGUGGGGCUGAGAUUGGUGUCAACAGCUUUGUUUCAGUUACUAUUUUGACUAAUGAUGAUGCUCAUGGAGUAAUUGCAUUUGCCCAGAAUUCUUUAGUAAAACAAGCAGAAGAGAUGGACCAAGAUAAUCUGAUAAGCUUCAGUGUUGAGCGUCUACAGGGAACUAAUGGACGUGUUGCAGUUGAAUGGUUUGCCAAUGGCAGCGUCACAGAUAUAUCUCCAGCCUCAGGAGUGGUUACUUUCUCGGACGGGCAAGCUUUAACUACUAUCACAGUAACUGUUGUUGCUGACCAUAUAGCUGAACUGACGGAAACAAUUACAGUUACAUUAACAAAAGUCAUUACCAUGAACAUCCCAGAUCCUCUAAGAGGAGCAAAGCUGGACCCAAAAAGAUCAAAGGCUGUGCUGAUCAUCCUGCCAAAUGACUCUCCUCAUGGUGUGAUUGGCUGGCAUGCAAAUUCCUUGUCUGUAAACGUUGAGGAACCAGAAGGAAACGUCACUACCAUUACUUUGCAAGUUGUUAGAGAACAAGGAUUUGUGGGAGACAUUGCAAUAUACGUACAAUCAAAAGCAAACCUUUCCCUGCCACCAAGUAAUCAAGCUACAGAAAAUCAGGAUUAUUCCCUCAAUGAUAAAAUGAUAAUAAUAAGGGAGAACAAGACAUUUGCUUUUGUGAAAAUUAACAUUUUACCUGACAAUAUACCGGAAUUACAUGAAGGAUUUCUCUUAAACAUCACUGCUGUUCAGUUUGUUAACUUUUCUGCCUCAAGUGGACAACCUGUUAUAAAAAGGCCGGGGGAGGAAAUAGCUGAAAUAGCUAUUCAAGAGAAUGAUGAGCCAAGAGGAGUAUUUCAGUUUAAUGUUACAAAGGAUCUAAAUGGAGCCGUGGUUGCUUAUGAAGUUCCCUCUCCUCAAAAUAUGCUUAGGCUUCCUAUUGUCCGUCAAGCUGGAACAUUUUCAAGUGUGACUAUUUAUUGGGAAGCUACAGCAAUCACUGCAAGUCAAGAAGACUUCACACCAUCUUCUGGUAACCUCACAUUUUCCGAAGGACAGGCCUUAGGCAUCAUAGAGAUUGCUAUAUUGGAUGAUACUAUAAUUGAAUAUUUAGAGAUAUUCACGGUCACAUUGAAACAUUUGACAAACAGGGCUAAAUUUGGAAAUGAAACAACAGUUCUUGUUCAUAUUCCACCAAACGAUUCACCUUUGGGACAAUUUGGCUUUGAAAAUAAAAUGGUAACAGUUAGUGAACCUCAGUCAAUGGAUGACCCAAGUGCAAUGGUUACCUUUACAGUAGUUCGAAGCCAGGGUGGGCAUGGUGCUGUUAAAAUUAUCUGGAUUCUAGAGGAAGCAGCUCAGUAUGAUAUCACACCACUAAACGGCACUCUCAUUUUUAACGAGAGUGACUCAAGAAAGUCAUUUACUUUACAAGCAAUUCAAGAUGGUUUGCUUGAAGGUGAGGAAAGAUACACUAUUCAAUUGGUUUCGGCAGAUUACUCUGUGAUAUCUCCAGUAGAUGGUACUGCUACUGUUGUUAUAUCAGGAGAUGUCGGGGCCUCUGGUAUCAUUGGAAUAGCUCCUUCAACUCAUCAUAUACUCAUUGGCGAACCUUGUAGAGACUAUAAUGGAACAGCCCACAUUAGUCUUGUUCGUGGCCCUGGUAUUUUUGGUGAGGUUACUGUAUAUUGGAACAUAACUCCAGCACAUUUAGGUGAAUUUGUUGAGUUGUCCGGAAAAGUGACAAUGAGAGACAGACAAUCUGCUGCUGUGGUUGUCAUACAAGCAACAAAUGAUGAUGUUCCUGAGCAACGGAGCUAUUAUCAGUUUCAACUCAGUAAAAUCGAUGGAGGAGGCAUUAUUGAUGAGUAUAAUAGAGUGGCAAAUAUUACAAUGGCUUCUAGUGACCUUCCGUAUGGACGUUUUGAGUUUUCUCGAAUGCUGGUACAGAUAUCAGAAGAAGAACAAUGGGCCAACAUUACUAUCAUACGUUCUGGGGGCAAAUUUGGAGAGAUUAUGCUCAAGUAUCACACACUAAGUGGGUUAGCUGCAAGUGAAAUGGAUUUUACAAGCACUUCAGGAAAUCUUAUGUUUGCCCCAAAUGAAACCAUAAAACCGAUUUCAAUAGAAAUAAAAAACGAUGACAAUCCCGAAGGUCCAGAAGAUUUCUUUCUUCUGAUUACUGAAGUAGAACUUCGAGGGAGAGAUUAUGAUUACACUAUUAGAGAAAAUGAGCUUCAAAUUGAUCAGCCCCCAGUAAUAGGAAACAACUCUAUGGUUCGAAUUGUCAUUCUUCAAAAUGACAAUGCAGAAGGUAUCAUUCAGUUUGAUGCUGAAUUCCUUGCUGUUGAAGUGGAGGAAGAUGUCGGGAUGCUGGUGAUUCCUGUUGUGAGACUUCACGGAGCUUAUGGUUAUGUGUCAGCAGAUUUUGUUACGUUUAGCAUUUCUGCCCUUCCUAACAGUGUGGACUACAAUGUGCCUAAUACUUCCGUAAUAUUUCAUCAUGAGCAGAGACGUAGUUUUAUCAAUAUCUCUAUCACUGAUGAUGAAGAAAGUGAAUUGGCUGAACAAUUUGAGAUCCGCCUUGUGGGAGCUAGUGGAGGUGCUGUACUCGGCAAUAAUAUAGUUUGCGUCAUCACAAUAGCUAAAAGUGACUCUCUAAGCGGAGUGAUAAGGUUCCUCAACUACAGUCAGAUAACUCUUCCAAAUCCCAAUGUAUCUCUCGCUUUGUCACUUGUCCUGGAGAGAACAGGUGGUCAGCUGGGAGAUAUCCAGAUUUUUUGGAAUAUAUUGGGACCCAAUUCUAAGCAAAUAUUACCUGUUACUAAUGAUGACUUCAGUGAACCUUUAAAUGGGACUUUCUACUUUAAUGAUGGAGAAGAUGGCUUAAGAACCAUUAACCUGACCAUUCUACCUCAUGGGGAAAUUGAGGUCCAGGAGAAAUUCAUCAUCUUUCUAAGUGUUGUAAAGGGAGAUUCUAAAGUUGAUCCCAAAGCUGGAAAUGUCACUCUAACAAUAUUACAGUUUGGUGAUCCCAAUGGAAUUAUUGAAUUUGUAGCAGAAUCACGGGUGCCUAAAAACUAUACUGAACCAGCAACUUCUCAAGGGCCUUUGAAUAUAACUCUAGGCGUUAAGCGAGUCCAAGGAACACUGGGAAACUUAACGAUUUAUUGGCAACUCAGCAGUGAUUCAGAUAUUAAAGGAGAUUUUGCUGAAACAACAGGUUGGAUUGUUAUCCCAGAUAAGCAAAAUUAUGCAGAAAUCGUCCUUCAGCUCCUACCAGAUGAUGUGCCAGAAAUUGAUGAGAUAUACACAGUCCGACUGACAUACGUAGAUGGUGGAGCAGAUUUAGACAAGGAGAAAAGCUUUUUGAGAUUUACAGUUCUUGCAAAUGAUGAACCUCAUGGGAUAUUUACUGUGUACCCAUCAAGUCAGACUAUUAUUGUGAACAAUGACUUAAGCCGUUAUGUACAAGUAAAUGUCACUAGACUUGCUGGGACAUUUGGCAAUGUUACGGUUGAGUACCAAGUCAUCCUUGGAUCUAGUGAGCAAGAAAACAUGACUGAGAAGUUGACUGGUAAUGUCCUUAUAAGAAACGGUGCCAGCUAUGGCAUUAGCACAGUGCCAAUUAGUGCUCAGGUUUUACUGUUGCCUGGCUUUAAUUUUACGCUUGAACUGACAAAUGUUAUCCUGAUGGGUGAAAGUACAUUUGGGAAACCUCAGAUACUAAAAGAACAGAAACCAGCAUCAGUAUCUGUUCCUAUGGAAGCUGCCAAUUCCAAGGUUGGCUUUGAAUCUAUUGUAUUCCAUCUUACAAACAGUACAUCAGGCAGAGCUCAUGCUGUUCUCUCUAGAGAUGGUGUGUAUGGAUCUGUUGCCGUAAGCUGGAGUGCUGGAUAUCCUCUGGGUCUCAUGCCACAGAAUACUCGUCUGGGUAAAAUUACGCCACAUUCUGGUGUUGUUGACUUUAUUCAUGGAGAGGAUAUAAAAAUCAUCUCACUAGAUUUGGAGGCAGAUACGAGUGGACCUGAAGCUUUUGCUGUUCGUAUUACUAACGUGAGCAGUAGUGUGCCUGGCGGGGCCUUUUUGAGGUCAGGAUUUACAUUUGCUGAAUUUGAACCAAUGGGAGUUUUCCAAUUUACUUCAAAUUCAAAGUAUCUUGUUGUACAUGAAGAAAUUCAAACUAUUUCCCUUCAGGUGCAAAGAUUAUAUGGCUUCCAAGGGGACAAAAUAAAACUACAUUUUCAGACCAUUUCAGGAAGUGCCAAAGCAUUGGAAGAUUAUGUGCCCAUUGAUAGCGGAGAACUAAUAUUUGAGAAGUAUCAGACUAGUUCUAACAUAGAGAUUUCAAUUAUAGAUGAUAAUAGUAAUGAACUUGAUGAGUUUUUUCUUCUUAAUCUAACAUCUGUUGAAAGUGUUGGGAUUUACCAAGCUAAACCACAAAUAAAUAUUGAUUCAAGCCUUUCAACAAUAACAAUAUUGGCCAAUGAUGCUAUUCAUGGAUUUGUAAGCAUUGGCCCUGCCAUUAUAUAUGUAGAAGAAGAUACAAAUAACAGUGCACUAAAUAUAGUGAGCAUUCAUAUCAAAAGAACUCAUGGUUCUAGUGGAAUUGUUCAUGCCACACUUUCACCUUUUGGAGGAUUAAAUGCAGUGAAUGGGCUAGAUGGACUACCAUUUGAGAAUAUGCAUAAAUAUUCAAACCUGUCAUGGGCCACGGAAAGUUUAGACUUUGAAGAACAAGCAAUGCUCAUAACUCUUAAAGAUGGGGAGAAUGAAACUAAAGUAUCUUUCAGAAUUCUUGACGAUGAGGAACCAGAGGGGAUGGAAAUAUUUUAUGUGUUUCUUAAAGAUCCCACAGGAGGUGUUCAGAUAAUAGAAGGAAAGGAUGAGAGUGGAUAUGCAUCUUUCUCCACUAUUAUAAUCAGAGGAAAUGACAUGCAAAAUGGAAUUUUGGGGUUUACCAUGGAGUCAUUGGUUGGGCUGUGGCUUGAUGAAGACUCACCACAAAGGACAGCAGAGCUUACUGUUUCAAGGCAAGCCAACAGGGCAUUUGAAGAUGUGAAGAUCUUCUGGCGGGCAACCUUUAACAAAACUUCAGUUGAACUUUAUAGAGAUGGAGUGAACCUGGUUAAUGAACUACAAGCUGUAUCAGGCUAUACGAUCUGUACUGCAGGCCAAACAGAAUGUAUAAUUAGUGUGGAAGUAAAACCUGACAAGGUGCCUGAAAUUGAAACCUAUUUCUUUGUUGAGCUUUAUGACGUUAGUGCUGGAGCCUCUCUAAACAGCAGCACUCGAUUUGCCAAAAUAUUAAUUCUGGAAAGUGAUGCCCCUCAUGGCCUUUUAUUUUUUGCUGUUGGCUCCCGUGUAGUUGUUGCACAUAAAACAAAUACGCUCAUUAGCCUGCAGAUUUCUAAAGAAUCCAGUUCUUCACAGCCUAUCACUGUUGGCUAUAUCACUAAGGAACUGAAAAAAGCUGAAGUGAUUGGACACACCACCAUUUCCCCAGCUAUUGCAGGGCAAGACUUUGUCAGUUCUGAGGGAACACUCACUUUUGAAUCAGGGCAAAGAACAGUUUUACUGGAUAUCUCUCUUACUCCAGAAAGAGGAUCACUCAAUCCAUUUCCCAAACGUUUACAAGUUUUACUUGUUGAUCCCUCAGGAGGUGCCAAAAUAGAUGUUAUGUAUGGUAUUGCCAAUAUCACCAUUUUUUCAGACUUAGCCUCUCAGUCUACUUGGGGUUUAAUUGACCAGUUGUAUCAACCUUUUGAUGAGAGCAUUUUGAACAGAGUUCUUCAGACCUUGAACAAUAAAGCUGGUGCAGAGAUUUCCGAGGAGCAACUUGGUGCUAUUGUAAAUAUAAUGGAAAAGAUAACUCACGACAGUGAAGACCAAGUUUUAGCUGAUCAAAGCAGAAUCCUUUUUUACGAUGUUCUUUGCAGCCUUGUUAGUCCAGAGCGGUUGGAUACACGCGGAUAUAGUCCAUUGAUUGACGUGGCAGAGAAAUAUGCGUUCUCUCUCCUUACAGGAGUAAAGUGUGGAUCUCCAGGUGAAAAAGGAAAAACUAUUUUUGAUACGUGCCCAUAUAUUUCAAUAAGUGCCUAUCACUGGUACCCACAACAAAUUAAUGGUCACAGAUUUGAUGGCAACAGUGGCGAUUCUAUCCAAGUUCCUGAAGGCCUUGUAACUCUCUCCCCUAGCAAUGCUCCUAAUGAAGAAGGGUGCAAGUCUAUCCAGUUUACUGAGUACAGCAGCCAGCAAUGGUUCCUCACAGAUGGCGCAGAAAGAGCCUUAAAUAACAAAAUUUUAUCAGUGAGUUUAAAGGACCACAUUCCAUAUCCAUUAACCGGCAAUGAUGAAGUUAUAUACCGGAUCCAUGCAGCUGGCAGUCGCAUUGUCCCACGUAUGUCACUUUGUCUUCUUUGGAAUCAAGCUUCAGAAAGAUGGCUGGCAAAUGGCCAGUUUUGUAAAAUUGUAUUUGAUACAAGCGACUAUGUGGAAUGUGCCUGCUCUCAUAUGUCUUCCUAUGCAGUAUUUGCUCACACAGACAGCCUUUCCUACUACAAUGAAGCCUUUUUUUGUGCUGGAUUCAUUUGUAUUUCAGGUUUUACACUGGCCAUUCUUUUACAGUUAUUCUGUAGCCGAUCCUCCGUGUUUGCAGCUAAACUUCUUACACAUAUGAUGUUUGCAUGUUUAGGAACCCAGAUUUCUUUCCUGGCCUGUGCUUACAUCAGUCGGGAGCUCUCAGAUGAUAGCUGUUCUGCUUUAGCUUCGGUGACACACUAUUUUUACCUUAGCCAAUUCAUUUGGAUGCUAAUUCAGGCAGUUAAUUUUUGGUAUGUUUUGGUGAUGAACGAUGAACAUACAGAGCGACGCCAUCUGAUUUUCAUAGUAUUAGGAUGGGGACUUCCUGCUGUUGUCGUUAUUUUGCAUCUGAUCGUUCUCAAAAGCAUCUAUCAUAAAUCCAUGGCAGAUAUUUAUGGAUUAGUCUACGGAGAUAUGUGUUUCAUACCAAAUGUUUAUACAGCCCUCUUUACUGUCGCUCUGGUGCCAUUAGUUUGCCUCGUGGUAGUAUUUGUGGUUUUUAUUCACGCUUACCAAGUGACGCAACAAUGGAAAGCGUAUGAUGAUGUCUUUAGAGGGCGACCCAAUGCCACAGAGAUUCCCUUGAUAUUGUACCUCUUUGCUCUCAUUUCCAUCACUUGUCUUUGGGGUUGGUCUGCACAUGGCUAUAUAGGACAUCUCUGGAUGUUGGUCCUUUUCAUUGUUUUCAACAGCCUUCAGUUUUUCUUUCUUUUAGGGCCGUAUGUUUUUGUGGUUUAUUUUAUCCUUCAUAACCAACUAUGUUGUCCAGUAAAAGCCAGUUAUAGCAUAGAAAUGGAUGGCCAAAGAAGCCCAGGCUCUGCAUUUUUUACACCCAGUAGUGGAAUGCCCCCAGCUGGGGCUGAGAUAAACAAGUCCACCCAGAACCUUAUCAGCGCAAUGGAAGAGAUUUCAGCUGAUUGGGAUAGGCCAGGUAGCCAACGUAUAAAACAAGGACCUCAAAAUGGUGCCUUCACUACACCAGGAGGUUACAGUAAUGGCUCAUUAGUUGCUGAUGAAGAAUUACAAGAAUUUGAUGACCUGAUAUUUGUCUUAAAGGCUGGAUCAGGACUCAAUAUCAGUGACACUGAAUCCUGUCAUGGUAGUCAAGAUGGCAGUCCUAUGCCUAACUCUCAGAUCGUGGAGCUGCGGCGAAUUCCAAUAGCUGAUACACAUCUAUAAUCAUUUUUGUAUUCAUCUCUAAUUCAAUAUUUUAUUUUGUUUUUUUGCACUAAACACCUCCACAUUGUAGAUUUAGUCACAGUGUAAAAGAAUAAUUAGUUUCACGUUAGCGCUAAAGGUAAACGUUAGAAAUAUUCCGCGUACAGAACCGAAAUUAGACUGAAUGCAAAAGAUAAUGUGAAAUGUAUAUAAUUAACAUUUUAAGUAACCAGUUUUAUGUAGAAAAAAAAAGAUUAUUAAAACAAAUUUUGUUUA